GACAGGUCGAACAAUCAAAGUGCUCGAAUGUCCGGCUUAUGACUCAUAACAUUCGAGCAUUAAAGUUCAUUGUGUUUGCAAGCCACGCCAAGCCUCUUCGGAAAAGUGAAAAUUCCAGUGAAAAAGUGUUUGAUUUGCUUCGUAUUGGGGAAAAAUCAAGAGCUAAAAUGAAGCGCGAUAACGAUGAUAGUCAAGAAGAGGAUCAACACCAGGACAGUAAUGACAACUCGGAUAAGAAACCACCAAACAAGCGUUCUCGAAACGACGAGGAAGAAGUUCGUUUGCUAAUUCCUAGUAAGAUGGCUGGAGCUAUAAUUGGCAAAGGUGGACAUAACAUACAAAGGCUACGUACAGAGUACCAAGCCCAAGUGAAUGUAGGCGAUUGUACAGGCCCUGAACGUGUCAUCACCAUCGGCGCCGACAUGGAGACCGCUACCAAUGUGGUUAAGGACGUUAUGAAACACUUGGACAAGGCUGGAGAUAACGAGUACGAGUUGAGAAUCUUGGUGCAUCAAAGUCUCGCAGGAUGCGUCAUCGGACGAGGUGGUACCAAAAUUAAGGAACUCAAAGACGAAAUCGGUUGCCGGCUGAAGAUUUUUUCGAACAUCGCUCCGCAGAGUACUGAUCGUAUCGCGCAGGUCGUCGGCAGCGAAGAACAGUGCCUGAGAGCGUUAAACGAAAUAAUCGGUUUGAUCAAGGGAACGCCCAUUAAAGGACCAGUGCACAACUAUGAUCCUCACAACUACGAUGACGUGUACGCCGACGAGUACGGUGGUUAUGGAGCUGGCGGCGGUGGUGGUGGCGGCGGUGGUAGUGGUGGCUUCCGCAAUGGCGGUCGCGGCGGUGGUGGCGGCGAUGGCGGUGGUAGAUUCGAUCAACGCGAUCGUUUUGACGAUAGACGAGGUGGUGGUGGUGGUGGUAAUGGUCGUGGGUAUGAUCGUGGAAACGAUCGGGGAGGAAAUCGCGGUGGAAUGAGCAGAGAUCGCGAGUUCAUCAAUCCAUGGGCACCAAAUGUAAAUGGCGGUAACCAAAUGGGUGGUGGAGGUGGCUUUGGAGGCGGCGGUGGUGGUGGUGGGGGUGGCAACAGUCUAGGAUUGGGUAGCUUAGGCGGAAUGAAUCUUGGAGGUUCCGGUGGAAACAUUGCCAGUUUGGGAAGCCUUGGCAAUCUAUCAAAUGGCAACAUGGGUGGAUUUGGAGGAAACAACGGUAAUAUGGAUAACAAAUCUUCCACCCAAGUGACAAUUCCUAAAGAUUUGGCUGGAGCGAUAAUCGGAAAAGGAGGCGGCAGGAUUAGGCGCAUUCGGAAUGAAUCUAAUGCUUUCAUUCAGAUUGAUGAAGCUCUACCAGGAUCAUCGGAUCGCAUUAUUACUAUAACUGGUACACCGAAGGAAAUCCAGGCUGCUCAGUACAUGUUACAACAGAGCGUACGUGAAAAUCUCGCGGGUGGUGGAGGAGGCGGAGGAUUCAAUCGCAAUUAAAUGCAUUUAAAUUUGCCCUUUACACAUUAACUCUUUAAGCUCUAGAUGAUACAUGUGUUUAGCGCAUGUGAAUGUAACCAACAAAAGCCACCGGCUCAGAAGAAAAUUGAAAAAAGAAAAUUAACAGUAGAAGCGACUUCAUUAUAAGUCUAAUGUCAUACACUAAGAUUAGUUCGUCGCAUUGCAAGCCGUAACAAGAUUAGGUAGUUUGGGCCCCAUACCAUUUCUAUUCUACUGUGUAUUUUCCAACUGAUUUCAAUGUGAUCUGCAUACCAUCGCGGUAGUAUUUCUUCAAUGUUUUAACGUUUGAAUUAUCUUUGUAUAGUUGACUUCCCAGCAUUCAUCUAUUUUUUGAUACUGACAUUGAAUAUAUUGACGAAAAACGAGCUGAAACACAUUUUAUAAGAAUAUUUAAACGAUUGCUCUGGAUCAAAGUUUACUCUAUAAAUAUUAAAACAGUUCUUUUACGGCCAGUCUUGCUUCAUAUGUAUAUUUUACAUACAUUGUUCGUAACAUAAUAAAUCGAAGCAAAUGCCCUGUAGUGUUGUC